UCUAACAAACAACAGGAAGUUCAAAGUGAUGCAGUCCACCUCUUACAUUUCCGAGCAAUCUGACUGAAGGCAGCUUUUAGUAUCAGCAUGAAGAUAUUGUGCCUACUUUUGCUUGUACAUACAAGCCUUCAGCUCCAAUGCGAUAAAAGAGAAAUCAGAGCACAUAUUGGAGGAGAAUUCAUAAUUGUCUGCAGAUACGAAAGUAAAUUCCUGUUCAGCAACAAGUACUGGUGCAGAGGACCCUCUAGAUAUAGCUGUGACAUUUUGCAGGAUACCGAUGGUGUUGCAAAACCCAAAAAUAAAAACAGGUUGAGCAUAUUUGAUUUGCCAAGACAUGUGAAGCUCAUGGUGAAGGUAACAAAUCUCCAAAUUGAGGAUUCUGAUGUUUAUUGGAUUGGGAUCGAAAAAAUUAAUGCUGACAUAAUGAUGUCAGUCAAAGUGACUGUUACCCAAGUUCCAGUGUCUAAACCCAGACUUUGGCCCCUGACUCCUCUGGCGGACGGUGCAACAUGCAUGGGGAAGUCACUAACCGUCCGUUGUGGUGGUGCAAUGGGAACCAAUGUUUUUUAUGCCUGGUAUCAGCAUGUUCACCACAAAGGUUUCUUGCUCCUCAGCUCUUCAGAUCUAAGCUUACACUGUGGCAUGUUAACAGAGGACAGCGAGUAUUACUGCUCUGCCAGUAACAGCAUCAGCAAUGCUCAGAGUGAUGCCCUUUCUGUGAAGAUCUUCUUGCCUGACAACAGCAGCUGCAUCUAUGUUGCUAAUAUUCCUGGACAGCCUGUUUAUGACUGCGCAGACAGAAUGAGGACGACUGUGGCUGAAACUUCACCAACAACAAUCUGCUUAGAAACUACAAAAAUAACCACUAAUACAUCAAAGCAAUCUUUACAAGUCAAUCAAACUGCUAUGGAUGUGUUUUUCAGCAGCACAUGGACUGGAGUACCAGUGUGGUAUGAGCUGCUGCGAUGGGGUUCUAUGACAGUCUUAAUCAUAAGUCUGUGUAUAUUCAUCAGCUGUACAAAAACAAGUCACAAGAAACAUGGCAGAAGGAGGAAAAAGUUUAAUAUGGGGUGAAAUCCAUUUUGUUUUUGUUUUUUGUCAAUUUCAUUCAUUUUAACAUUCCUUGUACAGAUGUAAUCUUUAAAGAAACUGUAUUUGCCUCAAUUUGCAUUUCAAGCUUAAAUGUCCUGCUUCGUACUGUAAUAAAGAGAUUUAGUUUAA